AUGUGGUGGUUCGGUUGGUGUGCAGGCUGUUCUUGUCACUUGUCGGACGUGACUUCUACGAGCAAUUGGGUGGAUUUACGUCCUUUAUCCACCACGUCUGCUCUUCCUCUGUCUUCUCCUCGGACGAUACCUCACCCUGGAUUUUACACUGCUCGUCAUCGCGUGACACAUGAGCUCGUGGCCCUUAAAGUACUCGACCGUCGCCUGCUGCGUCAACGCGCUACUCGACGUCGUCUCCGCCAAGAAGUUCGCGUGCUGCAGCUUGCCAGAGACCACGAGAACUUACUGCAAUUAUAUGAAGUAAAGGCGGUGGGGAGGAGAGUGGAACUGGCCUUUGAGCUCGCAAGAGGAGGUGAAGUGCUGCAGAAAUUACACUCCGAGCGAGACGCCAGUAACGUGCUGCAGCAAGCAGCUCGAGGACUGCAGUUCCUCCACGAACGGGGUGUUAUACAUGGAGAAGUAAGGCCCGAACAUUUGCUUUUCAGUGAUGACGAGCCAGAUGCGCGCGUGCUACUAACGACCUUUGGACGAGCAGGUCCAUGGAGAUUCCUGACGCUACGCUGCCGUCCGAAGACGAAGGGUUUUCUCUGGAACGACGUGCACCACAUUCGAUUCCUGCCGCCGUUUCUACUGAGACGGAAGAAUAGACGCCACUGGAAGGAUUCCGUCGACAUGCAUGACGAUGGGAGAAGUUUGGUGGCAAACUGGGAAGAAGCUCAGCAGAUCGAUAUCUGGGCACUUGGCGUCACUCUUUAUGUCAUGCUUUGUGGAUCUUUUCCUUUUAGUAGCAUCGAUGAACGGGACGACACUGUCGUCGACAUUGAGCGACGUAUGCUUCAGGACAGACUGACAUUCCCAGUAGAUGGAGGGCUGCUAAGUCGUGCGGCGAGGGACCUGCUACAUCGACUGCUGGCCAAAAUUCUGAAUGCUUCUAUCAGUAUUAACGACGUUGUUGCUCAUCCGUGGCUCAACGGAGCUGUAGCUCCUGCUGUUACCUGGAGUGACGAUAUUCUAGCGCAACAUUCUGUGUUCAGGACGCGGUAUGCUGAAGAAGUGACAGCUGCUGCACAUCGACCGUCAGUAUCGACUUCUCAAGUCUUGAAUGUCCACAAUGAGGUGACAAAUGCACCCGCAAGUGAGGUCGGUAAGCUAACAGGUUGUGAUGGAGCCCAAAGCAUUGGAGAUGGUGGUGGUGUUAUGCUGAAAGGUGACACUUUCGAGGUGGAAGUUGAAGAAGAAGAAGCUCGUCCAUCAUUCAUGUCUACGCAUGGCACUCAGCUCCUGUUAGACGAUGAAGCACAGCAGGAACGCCCUAGUGCCGAGUGCUACAUGCGUCUCGCUAGCGAUGAGAUGGAAGGACAGAACAUGCACACGAAUAGCGACGUCGAAGACGUCGUAGCUGAUGCCGAAAUUAACAAUGUUCGGGAUGCCAUCCUCGGAAGCAGAUCAACCGGAGAUACUAAUACUGCUGCUUAUGAUGGCAAACCUAUAAGUCGCCAGAAGUCAUUUGACAAAAUAUGGCAAGUGUUGCUGCAUCAGCGUCGCUUUUUCUCCAAGUCGCUAAGUAGCGGGUCUAGCAUUGACAGGUAA